CCGGCUUUAAUGGGUUAACCCGGUAGGCAAACCCCUAAACUUUGCUACCCAACGCCACUCACUACUCUCUGCCGCCGCCGCCACCACUCUCCACUAUCCCUCUCUCAACCGCUUGUUGCCCCUUCCCUUCCGAGAUUUAUACAACUUAAAACCCUUCGGUUUUUCUCUUUCUCUUUCAAGGUAGUUCCAAACAAGAGCGGUGGGGGUGGCCUCUGGCCCUGACCCAAUCAUUUCAGUCUCCCCAAUCGCCUCCAUCUCUAUUCUCGUUCUCAACUCUGAACCUGCCCUCUCUCUCUCUGCAACUGCAAACUACAAAAUCUACAAGAAUCAGAAGUUCAAAACCCAUAUAUUUCAGUUUAUCUGUCUGCAAGAACCAAAAGUUCAAAACCUAUUACCUAUAUCAAAACCCAUAUCGGCGUAUCAUUUCAGAUUGUUCCAAAAAUCAAAACCCAUAUCUUUCAGUUUCCAUCGCCCGCUGUUCCAGUUCGGGUUCGCCGUUCGCAAGCUUCAGCCGCUGGCCCGCUGUCUCUCAACUCUCAAGCUUGCCCCUCCCUCUCUGCAACUGCGAACUUGUAUGAUUUGAAAGACUAAUUGGUAAAUUUGGGUUGAACUUGAGUCUUGAACAAGCUGAAGGCCCUUAUCGUGGAUUAUAAUUUUUACAAUUACAGCAUCCUACGGUCCUACCAUCUUUUAGAGUGCUUUCAUCACUUCAGACUCUUAAGUAUAAAGCACAACAAAUUGGAUCAAUUGAUAUUCAAGAUUGUUUGAGUAAAGUCCUGAAAGAAACACCAGAAAUCUGAUAAGGGAAACAUGGGCAAGAGAGGACCAAAAAAGCAAGCACCUAAUGUUACCGGUGGGUCUCAGGCUUCAAUCACACUCAGAGAAGAGUCCGGUGGGAAGAAAAAGAUGACCACCAACACAAAAUUGAAUUUGAAAGUGCAGCAUAUGAAGAGCCUCGCGGUUUGGGCUAGCAGCGAUGUGUCCAUACCCUCAUUGGCUGCCUUCUUUGGUAAUCGCUUGGCUGCCUGUGGUGAGGCCACUGGAAUACCACCCGACCCAUCACUCUUUUCUUGCCAAAGGUGUGAAUCUAUUCUUCAGCCUGGUCAUAAUUGUACUGUCCGAAUUGAGAAGAAUAGAGCAAAAGUGAGGCAUAGACGCAAGAAAAUGAAUAAUUUGACACAGAACAAUGUAAUUUACAAAUGCCACUUCUGUUCACAUAGAAAUUUGAUGAGAGGGACCCCUGGAGGCCAUAUGAAAGAUAUAUGUCCAAAGGCCAAACCAUCUUUGAAGUCAGGAUCUGCGAACCCCACAUUUCAGAAGUCUGUCAGUUCCGAGAAAGCCAUGAGAAGCAAUGUUGAGAUGAAUAAGAUGGAAGAGGUUGCUUUACCAGCCAUACCCGGAGAUAAUCCUGUUUCAAGCAGUCCGGCGACUCCUUUGGUGAAACCAGUUACUACUUUGUUGGAAGGAAGAGCGAGAAAGAGGAACAGAUCAGGAGUUAAAAAGCCGGCUGCAUAUGAAAGCAGUCCUGCCGCAAAAGAUGCAGAAAUAGCUGUCAGCACGUCAAGCAAGAGGAAGAGAAAAUCGUGGACUAGUCUGAAAGAAAUUGCACGGAGCAGUGAGCGUGAUAACAGCAGAAACUUAACCAACAUACCAAUCCCGUUUUUUAUAUAGGUUGGUAGCUGAUGGUGAUGUUGCCAAAGGGGGGAAAAAACAACAGGAAAGAAAAGACAAAAAUAUAUUCACAUUUCGAAUGCUUUAGUUUUCCGUUUGUAAAUUUUGCUAUUUUAAACGUUCAAAGCAUUACUGGGCUUUCAUGCAAUGUUCCGUGGGAAAGAAAAAAAUUGAAUGGAAGGGAGGGAAGAGGGGAUGGAUAUGACAUUCAUAGGGAAGAGAUUGUGUAUUUUUUUCUUUUUGUUCCAAUGGAUAGAAGAGAAGAGAAGAGAAAAUAAGAGAAGAAACUAAUAAUUUACUAUCUUCUUUGAAAGAUAAGGAAAGAGAAAGUUUUAAUUAUUUU